AUGCACUUCACGCAUAUAAUUUCCGCACUGGCGGGCUUGGCUGCCUUUGCCUCUGCAGCUCCUGCUCUCGUCGAGAAGGACGCCAUGCCUGUCGAGAGAGGACUCAAGCACACAACGAGGGCGCAGAAACGCAACAAUGUCAUCAUCCAGCAGACCGUUGCGCAGCCAAACAUUGUCAUCGUUAACCAGAACCUUGGCGCCAUCAACAACCUUGCGCGCCUCGCGGAGCUGGAGUUUCUCGCCCUGGUGAAGUCCCAGGUCACCCUGCUCCAGACGAUCGAGGCUAUCAAGAACAACAUCCGCAUCAACACGUUCAGGUCUCGCUUCACUCAGGUGAACACGGUCAUCGUCACCGUCACCAAGGUGGUCGACCUGCGCAACAGGAACGCCCAGAACAACCGCUACAUGGUCAACCAGCUGCUCGCCGACAACGGCCGCCCCGACAAGGAGGUCGUCGUCAUGAUCAGCGCCGCCGAGGAGAUGACCAUCGGCCUGCCCACGCCGUCCGCCGCCGCCGACCCCGCCGCGGCCUCGGCCCAGGCCCAGGCUCAGGCUCAGGCCCAGGCCCAGGCCGCCGCCGACGCCUCCAACCAGACCGGCAGCUCGCCCCAGAUCGCCGCCUUCGACCCGGCCGCGCCCUUCGGCCGGUCCAACCAGUCCGUCGUCCUGCCCUUCGGCUCCCAGGCGCCGACCCUGCCCAACCGCGCGCAGGUCUUCGCCGACCCGGCCGCCGUCAUCCUGCCCGGCGCGCGCAACCUCUUCGUCGAGGACAUCUCGCGCUUCAGCGCCGACUGCGCCCUCUGGGGCGCCAACGGCAACUCGCUCUUCAACCUGCAGUCGGCGCUGCUGGCCGCCGGGCAGGUCGCCAACGCGCAGCUGGCGGGGCUCGUCCUCGGCGGCGGGCUCGACGCCAACCUUGCGAACCAGCUGCUCAACGGCAAGGGGGCUGCUGCUGCUGCUGCCAACAACAACAACAAUGCCAACAAUGCCAACCAGGCUAGCGGCAACCAGACUUCGGCGUCUGCGCCUGCGGCGGCCUCGGCGACGUCGUCUGCGCAGCCAGCUGCUGCUUCUGUCAAUCCGACAGAAGGCUGA